UGCAGCACUCGAUUCUUCAACUACAAUAUUAUUCACUCGCAUUCUGCCAAUCUCCAAUCAAUGAAUUUGCGUUGGCGGUUAACUAUUUCCAACACCUUCUAAUUACUUAUCGAAACAUCAUCCAAUUUAUUUACAAUCACAACGACAUAAUAUUACACGGCGGUCUCCAGAACAUUUUGUCGCAACGAACGCUCCAGUAGAGCCAUGGCCAGCUCCCCUCCAGAAUCGCCCCAAGUGAGUCUGCCCAGGCCCGCAAGCGCAAUGAUGAAAGGAGUACCAAGAUCGAAUAGUGGAAUGAGCAUGAGCAGUAAAACUGGAGGAAGUCGAGCCUCGGACGAAGAUGGCAAAACUGCUGUCAAAGUUGCUGUGCGAGUUAGACCACCCCUCCGACCAACCGAUCCUGGCUUCGACCUCAUCCCACAAAGAUUUCAACGACCUAUGGUACAGGUUACCUCACCCACAAACUUAGCAAUCGAAUCUCCCCAGGGAAAGAAGAUAUUCGUGUUUGACAGAGUAUUUAGUGAAGAUGUGGACCAGGAAGGAAUUUGGGAAUAUCUGGUAGAGAGUACAAAUGCCUUCAUUCAGGGAUACAAUGUCUCUAUGCUGGCAUAUGGACAAUCUGGUGCUGGAAAGUCUUUCACAAUGGGUACAUCCGGUCCAGGCGAGCAAGGAAAAUCCGAGGUUAUGGGUGUUAUUCCACGUGCGGCCAUGGCAAUAUUUGAGAAACUCGGCGGCGGGAAACCGCAGCAAUCCAAUCGGAGUUCUAUGACUGGUCUAAGAGCUCCCAAGAGGUACUCCACGAUUCCUGCUGCUGUGUCUGCGGAGGACAAAACUUGGAGUCUCAAGGCAACGUAUGUCGAAAUUUACAACGAGCAGCUGCGAGAUUUAUUAGUUCCCGAACAUACACCAGCUCAUGAACGAGAGGUGGUCAAUAUUCGAGAGAACACCAAGGGUCAUAUUCUUCUUACCGGAUUACACCAAGUCGAGAUCAAUACUGUGGAAGAUCUCAUGGCGGCACUAAACUUCGGGUCUAUGAUUCGCCAAACCGAUGCAACCGCGAUCAACGCCAAAUCUUCACGAUCUCAUGCUGUGUUCAGUUUGAAUCUGGUCCAGCGCAAAUCGAAGGUAACACCAGGUGCUGAAAAGAGAUUUUCCGUUCCACUAGAAGCCAUGAAUGGUGGAGAAGUGGUCACAAUUGACAGCAAAUUCCAUUUUGUCGAUUUAGCUGGCAGUGAGAGAUUAAAAAAUACCGGCGCACAAGGAGAAAGAGCUAAAGAAGGCAUUUCCAUCAAUGCUGGUUUGGCUAGUUUGGGCAAAGUUAUAUCGCAAUUGUCAUCCCGACAAGCCGGAUCCCACGUGUCGUACCGAGACUCAAAACUCACUAGGUUACUCCAGGAUUCACUUGGAGGUAACGCGAUCACUUACAUGAUUGCGUGUGUUACGCCGGCCGAAUUUCACCUUAGCGAAACUCUGAAUACAGUGCAAUAUGCUCAGCGUGCCCGCGCAAUUCAAAGCAAGCCUCGAAUCCAGCAAGUUUCAGAUGAGAGCGAUAAGCAAGCUGUCAUCGACCGCCUGAAAGCCGAAGUCGCUUUUCUUCGGGAUCAGAUUAAGCACAGUGAAAGCGGGGGUGAUCGUCGUAGCAAGCCCACGAGUGAGAGGCCCGAGCGACAAAACGAACGAGAAGUGGAACUGCACAAUCAGCUACUUGACACGCAGGAAAAUUACACAGCCCUUAGCCAACGUCAUGCUAAGCUUAUAGCGGAAUUAGCCAGAGCCAGGGAUGAGGAAGUCGCUGAUAACCAGGCUCAUGAAAAUACGUUGGGUGACAGUGCCACAGAGAGACUAAAACGCUCGAACUCAUUCGCCGAGGCGGUUGAACAAGUGGUCCUCGAAUACGAAAAAACGAUUCAAAGUCUUGAACAUUCUCUUUCUAACACUCGAUCAUCUUUAUCCAAUACCGAAACUCAACUUUUGGAAAAAGAAGCAAAGUGUGCUUAUGCCGAGACAGUUAAUCAACAGCUUCAAGCACGCUUACAAAAGUUGGCCGAUCGAGAAGCUAAUACAGAAAGCUAUUUACAUGACUUAGAAACAAGGCUCGAAGGCCAUACUUCAGGCGAAGACAAAAAUUCGGCAAUUGUCAUGGAGCUCCGCAAAGAGAUUGCUCGCAUUCGCGAAAAUGAAGCUACUUCCGAAGACUACAUCUCGACUCUCGAGGAACGCUUAGCCGAGGCCGAUCAAGAUUCGGAACUGAUGCAACGUGAGAUCGAUCGAUUGGAGCACGUUAUUGAACGCCAACGAAGUCUUGGGAAAUUGGACAGCCUGCUUUAUGAUUUGGAUAACAUUCAGCAUGAAGGAAAAAAUGGCGACGACAAUAAAGCCCCGAAUAGCAAGCGAUCUUCUAUUGCCAUGAAUAGCCGUCGACAAAGUCUUGCAAGUAGGAGAAAUCAAAAGAAUGUCAUUCUAGAGACCGACAACGAAAGCGAUGAAGAUUUCUCAGUAAGCCCCGCAAAUGGCAUCAGAUCCGAGACUGAUGGUCCCGCCGAUCGUGGAGAGUCAAUUGAGCUCGAAACUCCCCUGAAAAGGUUAAGUGAGGAAAUCGAUAGCCAGUACACGCCACAAAGCCCGGCUCAGUCAAAGUUUGUCGAGGAUAAGCUCGAGAGUGUUACUCAAGAACUCGUUGAUUUAAGAGUUGAGCAUGAAGCUACUGUCGGCGAAUAUGAUCUUCUCUCAAAUAAAUAUGAAGAAGCCCUUCGUACACUGGCCGAACUUCAAGACGCUGUUGACGAAGCCCGUAAUACCGGUGCACGUGAUUCUAUUUUGUCGACUCCUACGGCAAGAACAGCUUCUUUUUUAGCAGACGCGAGGGUGAACGAGCUAAAGGGUGGAGGACAAUACUCAUCCUCGCGAUCACUUUCAUCGGAAUUGUCCUCAGCUGGGGAACUACCCACUACCGUAGAACAAUCUGAUGCUGAAGCCGUGAUCAAAAAUUCGGAGUCGGUAGCUACCUCAGAUGAGGUCAGUGACACGACAAGUACGGCGGAAGUUGAUAAUUUGAGAAGGUUAGGCGCAGAGCACGAAGAGGCACAAGUGAUUCUUGCUGAGAAAUAUGCCCAAUUGGAAGAAGAACACACAGCGGCUCUUGAUCGCAUGGAGGAGCUCAAGGCCGAGGUUUCAAAGGCGAGAAUGAAUGCCGAAGCUACAUUAUCACGUUCGGGCACGCCAGUUAUACGUCGCAAAUCCAGCCAAAACGUUAUGAUUAUCGAUCGGGCUCAUAGAUCAUUCGCCUCUUUAAGGAAUAUUGCAGCGGAAAAUUUUGAGCAUGAUCCUGACGUUAUGGCAAGCUUUGAGUUAAACUUGAACACCGCCAUGCACGAAUUACAUACCCGCUCAGAGCGCAUUCAGGAGCUCGAGGCCGAUGUCAGUACAGUCAAGAAGGAGUUGGAAACCAAGACAACUAUUAUUAGUGGGCUUGCAAGAGAAAGAUCGAGCAUGAAGGCGUCACCUAUGGAUAUGUCGCUGGUUUCAACUAUGCAGGACCAGAUCAUCAACUCGGAGAACCAAGUAAGAAUGCUCCAGGAGACUUAUAAUGCUCGCGAAAAGGAGCUGCUUCAGCAAAUCGAAUCUCUUCGGACUUCUAUCAAUCUCAGUCAUAAGGUUAAUGGCAACUCCGCUGACAAAGAUGAUUCUGAGGGUAACGGAGCAGAGUAUGAUCAUGAAAGAAAGAUAGCAGAACUGAAAGCAGAAGUUAUCAAUUGGGAAGGAAAGCAUCAGGCUGUAUUGUCUUCUAUGCAAAGUUCUCAAAACACACUCGAAGCUACUAUAUCUGAAUUGGAACAACAAUUGACAAGCUUGGUAAGAAGCGGGGAGCAUAGGAUUCGCGAAGUUGGAGAUCAUAAUACACAUGUUUCAAACUUGCAAAGAGAAGUUGAGGAACACAAGGCUUCUGUUGUCGCAAACGUCUCGCGAUUUGCUGAGCUCGAGCAAGCCCAUGCAUCAACUCGUGAACAGCUCGAGGCAGCCAUCCAGUCAAAGAAUAUUGUCUCCGCUGAGAUGGAAGGGCACAAAAUUCUUGUGAAUCGAUUGGAAGAGCAGAUCGCCGAGCAUGAGAGCAUUGUCAAGGCUCACCACGAAGGAAUAUCCCUCUUGAACGCAAAUCAUGCGAAGGAAAUUGAGGAAAUUCGCUCAAAUAGCCAGGCUGACCACGAGGCUCAGGUAAACGAGUUAACGGCUAAACAUCAGGAAAGCACCGAUGCACUUACAAGAGAGCUCUCUGAAGCGAGAGAUGAUCUGACAAAGAUCGCUACUCAGGUCGCGCUUGCACUUGGAUUAGACGUUAGCACAGAGAAACUGCAAGAUAGGAUCACAGAUCUCAUUGCAAGCCAGAAAGCGCUCUCGCAUCAAGAAGCUAAAGUCGGCGAGCUCGAGACGUUCACUAAAGAGUUAUCAACCAUAAAUCAGUCUGUCAUGAAGGAGCUUGAGGAUACCAAGGCGGAACUGGCUAGUCUCUUGGCCAAGACCACCGAAGGUUCAAGAUUGAGGGAUGAAAAUGCUACAGUCGCAGAUCAACUAGCAGCUUUGAGAAAGGAGCUGCACGACCUUGAAACUAAGAACAAGAAAAACUCAAGAUUAGUAGAAGAGCUUGAGGACCAACUUGCCUCAAAUUUCGAUGAACAUCAAGCUGCUAACAAUCGUUUGUCUACACUCCAAACGGAGCGUAAUGCUCAAUUAGACGAAGCCAAUGCAAAUGCUCUUCGUGCUCAGACUGAGCUGGAUGCGAUCAAAGAGGAAUUAGCCACCCUUCAGGCCAAAUACGACGUUUUGCUAUCCGACGCCAGCAACAAGAGUUCCAACUCGAUCACUUCGCGACUCCACAAAUCGGCAUCCGUGACUUCACUCCCAUCACCACCCCCGGCAAUUCCUUUACCGCCACUACCUGGAAAUUCGGGAACUGCACAGACAGGACCCGCUCCUUCAACAUCGCCAGUUCCACCAACACCUACACAAAGUAGCUUCAAUACUCGCAAUAGUAAAGACAUAGCUGCAACUCAAAUUCAAGAGGACCAAGAAGCCCGUAUCCGCACUAUCGAGAAGCACCUGUUCGCUGAAAAGCAGCUCACAUCCACCCUUGAAGAGGCUCUCACAGAUCUUGAGAAACAAAGCAACAAGGUCAAAGCCGAUUGUGAUGCAUGGCGAAGACGUGCCAAUGAACUGGAAGUUGAAUUGAAAGCUGCCGAGGAGAAGGCCAAGAAUGGCGAUGCCGAGAAGGAAAAUCGUUGGAGCUUAAUGCAAGUCGAAGAAGAGAAGCGCAAGAGGAAAGAGGCAGAGCUCGCGAGAGCUCACCUUGAAGAACGUAUGAACGCUCUCAGCAGCAAGAAAAAGAAGAAGGGCAGUUUGAAUUGUUUCUAAAAGAAUAAUCCGAAGUCCUGUAUCAACAUUUCCAAGCUGCGUUUUCUUGCGACACCUCUGGCUUUCGCUUUACAAUUUAUUCCCAUCUUACCUACAUCUACAUCUAAUUCACGCCACUGUAAUUUGUCUCAACGAACUCACUUGCCACAACAUCUCACCGCAAACCCGCGAAAAUUGGGAGCACUCCUCACAAACAAUAUUCAAAUAUCGCGACUGCGGCAUGAAAGUGGAGGUCUGGAAUCGAAUUUUUGCUUCACCAUACUCACCAAUUUAUUUCCUUGUACUUUAACGUCCCGCGAUUUUACGAGAUACCACAAAAUUUUCCAACUUGUUUAUUUUAUUUUAUUUUGCGCCGCAGAAGACCUUUUUUACUUUUUUGCUUCUUUGAUAUUUUGAAUUGGCGAAGGUGUUUUAUAGAGCGAAACGAAAAUGGCAAUGAACGGCAUUGAUGUUUACAUUUCUCUAAUUUGCUUAUUUGCUUGUUUAGACUAGCGAAUGAUCUUUGCAAUUUUGCUUUCUGAUUCUUCUUUCUGCUGUUUGGGAGGAAACACAUUUUUAUUAUGCUCAGAUAGAGAUUUUUAGUUUUGAUUCUUCAUGUGAUAUGGUGAGGUGGGGAAGAUAGCUUGAGGGGAAGCUUGUUGGGUGGUGAAUGGUGCUUGCAUGAUGGGUUUCCUGGUUGGCGAAGAUGCAUACCGGUAUUGGAAGACGAAGGAGUUGAGGAGGAAAACGGGUAGACGAAGAGUUCCUGGUGAUGGUGGAGAAUAAUGACAAAAAUGAGAUCAACAUUUCGAGCGGAUUUUUAUGCACAAGAGCGACUACCUUGCUGGAUUUGAGGUAGCAUGAAACAUCAUAGCAGGAAGGCAAGAAGGAAGAAGGGAAAUCUGGUUGAUUAGACAACCCUAGAGAGGAGAUGAGGACGAUAUCUGGAGUACAAAACAUGAUGAUAGUGCACAGAUCAAGAACAAAUAGAAUGAUGAUUUACCUUAUA